AUGUCGGCCUCUUCAAGACUCACCUCGACCCUCUACCGGCGGGCAGCCGCAACUGCAACCCCCCCCUCUCUCACAGCUACCUCGACGACAAGGGUACAGACACCACAGCUCGCGCGCGGGAUUAGGGGCAUAUCAUCCACAACCCCCAGCAGGUUACGACCUACCACCCUCUCCCGCUCAACCUAUCCCCUCCAAAGGACAGCCGCCACCCUCCCUACGCUCCCCUCAACCCGUCUAUACUUUUCCACCUCCGCAGAAGAAGACUCCUUCGACCCAGCCUCCAUCGACCGCGAAUCCGACGAAGUAGACGUCUGUAUCAUCGGCGGCGGCCCCGCAGGCCUCUCCGCCGCAAUCCGCCUCAAGCAACUAGCCAACGCCGCCGGCAACGACGACUUCCGCGUCCUCCUCCUCGAAAAAGCCGGCGAGAUCGGCGCCCACAUCCUCUCCGGAGCCGUCAUCCAACCCACCGCCAUUGACGAGCUCAUCCCCGAUUGGCUUUCCGAAGACAAUGAAAACCGCUUCACCGGCGCCACACCCGCGGGGAAGGACUCGAUGAGCUUCCUGACCAAAAAAUGGGCCAUCCCCUGCCCUACUCCGCCUCAGAUGCAUAACGACGGGAAUUACAUCGUUUCCCUUAACGAAUUCACCAAGUGGCUAGGGGAGCGGGCGGAGGAGGUCGGGGUAGAGGUUUAUCCCGGUUUUGCGGCUAGCGAGGUUCUUUACAAGGCUGAUGGGUCGGUCAAGGGUGUCGCGACGAAUGAUCUGGGGAUUGGGAGGAAUGGGAAGCCAAAGGAUAGUUUUGAGAGGGGGAUGGAGUUUCAUGCUAGGGUUACGCUUUUUGGGGAGGGGUGUCAUGGGUCGUUGACCAAGCAGCCGCAGACUUAUGGGCUGGGGAUUAAGGAGGUGUGGGAGGUGAAGCCGGAGAAGUUUGAGAAGGGGAAAAUUGUGCAUAGUAUGGGGUAUCCGCUGCCGAUGGAUACGUAUGGGGGUGCGUGGAUGUAUCAUUUUGGGGAUAAUCUUGUUUCGGUUGGGCAGGUGGUUGCGUUGGAUUAUAACAACCCGUGGCUGUCGCCGUAUGGGGAGUUUCAGAAGCUGAAGCAGCACCCGCUUUACAGGAGUGUGCUGGAGGGGGGGAAGUGUAUCUCUUAUGGUGCUAGGGCGUUGGUGGAGGGGGGGUUUCAGUCGAUUCCCAAGGUGGCUUUUCCGGGAGGGGCGCUGAUUGGGGAUACGGCUGGGUUUGUUAACGUGCCCAAGGUGAAGGGGACGCAUAAUGCCAUGAAGAGCGGUAUGUUGGCUGCCGAAGCGGCGUGGAACGCGCUGCAGGUUCCGGAUAACAACUCCAUUUUCCUCUAUGACUACGAGGAUGCCCUGAGGAAGUCGAGCAUCUGGAAGGAGCUGAAAGAAGUGAGGAACAUGCGCCCUAGUUUUCAUUCUCCUCUGGGAAUCUACGGCGGGAUUCUGUAUUCCGGCCUCGAGGCGUUUGUUCUGAAGGGACGUGUCCCCUGGACGCUGAAGCACAAGACGCAGGACCACGCCGCGACCAAGGACGCGAAGGACUGCAGCAAGAUUGAGUACCCCAAGCCCGACGGGGAGAUUACGUUUGACAUCUUGACCAGUGUGAGCAGGACGGGGACGAACCAUGAGGAGGACCAGCCAGUGCAUCUGCAGGUCAAGGACUGGGAGAAGCACACGAGGGAGACGUGGCCGAGGUGGAAGGGGUUGGAGAAUAGGUUCUGCCCGGCGGGGGUGUACGAGUAUGUGGAGGAUGAGGGGAAGGAGGAGGGGGUGAGGUUUCAGAUCAAUGCGCAGAAUUGCAUUCACUGCAAGACCUGUGAUAUUAAGGCGCCGAGG